AUGGAUUUUACCCCAAAAUCAUUCCUCACAGCUUUCCUUGAGAGCCCAGACAUGGCAGCUGCUGUUGAACGCCAAUAUUGGGCCACACCUGUUGGAAUUCCCUCCACUAUUCAACUUGUGAAAACCAUUUGGGACAAUAUUCAGAAGAUUUACGAGAGAAUAACUGCAUGGAAUGACUUCAUUCUCAAUGAAGCCUCCAUCAUUGUCCAAAAUGAGACCCCUCCAACCGGUUACUUUCCAAAGGGUGGAUUCUAUAGCUCUGAAAGAAUCCAGGCAGACUUUUAUAACUCCAACACAAAAACCCUGCGCAAUAAGAAGCUAGUGGAAGAUGACAUGCCCUUCCUGUUCAAACUUGUCACCAACAAAAUGCGAAUCAACCUGACUCCUCCCCCAACUAGCCAAUCAGAAGUCCGUGAGGAUGAUGAUGCCCCGCUUGACAAUUCUGACACCGACGAACACAAGCCUGAUCUCUUUGGGGAUGGACCUGAUGCUCAUAGAUAUUAUCAGCAACAAGUAAUUACUGUCAGAGCUCUUUCUUCAUUGUCAUUCAUGUUGUUUGAUGUUUUUGAGCAACUGAAAAGUGCUAUUUAA